AUGAAACACAUCUUGGGCACAGUUGUGCUGUGGCUACGAGUGUAUGUAAGCUGUAACUACUCUUACAUACGUAAGGGAGUCUUCAAGGUUGGCUGGCUGGAUGCGCGGUGGCUGAGCACUGAGACUCUGGCUCGGACUCCGGCUCCUGACUGGCGGGCGGGACGGGCGUCAACUGCACAAAGGAGCCAAGUUCCAGCCCAAACCCUAUCUAUCUAUCCUAUCGGCGCCUUCCCUAAGAUCCCUCUCCUUGCUGCUCCUGCUGCUCCUUCCCAGGACGGACUGUCGUUUCCCUGGCUGCAAUCACCAACCUCACCUCCUUCCUGCCUUCCUCCUCCUCUUCAAUAA